AUGGGUAGCAUCGCAGCCGAGACGUACGAUUUUAUAGUAGUUGGGAGUGGACCAGCUGGUAGUGCAGUCGCAGCUGGCCUGGUAAAUUCGACGAAAAGACCAUCCGUCCUUCUUCUUGAAGCUGGUAGCGAUAAUGAGGACAGAGACCUUCGCGUCGACGGACAGCGGUGGCAAACUUUCAUGAGACAAGGCAUGAACUGGGGCUAUCAAACCGUGCCACAGAAGCAAGCCGGUGGCCGUGAGGUUGACUACAGUCGGGGCAAGGGGCUGGGAGGGUCAAGCGCCAUUAACUUUGGUGUAUACACUGUCGGCGCCAGGGAUGAUUAUGACGAAUGGGCACGCAUCGUCGGCGACAACGCAUUCGGAUGGGACAAGAUCCAAGCUCGAUUCAAAGCAUUGGAAACUUUCAAUGGCAAACUGCCGCCAGGGGUUGAUACCAAAUACGCGGCACCAAAAUCUUCCGAUCACGGCAGCUUAGGACCAUUACACGUUGGUUAUGCGGCCGAAUGGGAGGACGACCUUCCGCCACUGCUCGACGCUUUUGAGAAAGCGGGAUUCGAACUCAAUCCUGAUCAUAACUCAGGCAAUCCCAUCGGGAUGUCGGUCUUGAUUAACUCAGCCUCCAAUGGUCUUCGAUCAACAUCUAAGGACUUACUUACGCCAUACCCAAACAAUCUCACGGUUAUUACUUCAUCGCCGGUUCAGCGCUUGAUUCUCAACGGUGAUAAGGCCGUCGGGGUCGAGAGUAACGGACAGAAAUAUCGUGCUUCGAAGGAGGUUAUCCUAUCCGCUGGUGCCCUCAACAGUCCAAGUAUCUUGAUGCACUCUGGUCUCGGGCCGGCGGACCAGCUACAGAAGUUCAACCUCCCUAUCAAACAGGAUCUGCCGAAUAUUGGUAAGGGACUUCGUGACCAUAUGUUCUCACCCCUGGUCUUCACACGUAAGGAAGGAAGCACUAGCCGAGCAGCCUUUUAUGGCGACGAGAAAAUCAUGCGAGAAGCACUCGAGCUGUGGAAAAAGGACGGCACGGGUCCAUGGGCCAAGUUCGCCUGCGAGACCGGCAUUGGUUUUUUCAAGCUCGACACGAUUACAUCAUCCCAAGAAUUCCAAGAUUUGCCAGUCGAUGAGCAGAGAUAUUUGAAAUCGGCAACCGUACCCCAUAUGGAAGUAAUUACACAUUUCCCUAUGCACUGGUUCAUUCCCAACUUCCCCAAGGAAAACCUCGAUUACAGCUGCCUGCUGGCGUUCUUGUACAACGCGCAGAGCCGUGGCGAGGUGACUCUACAAUCUUCGGAUCCAAACGUGCCCUUGCUAUUCGACCCAAAAUUUCUCGAUCAUCCCUAUGAUCGCCGAGCAGCCAUUGAGUCUUUACGGGCCGUGUUGAAAGUGGCCAAUUCCGAGGCUUACAGCAAGGACAGCAUAGCUCAGCUCGCAGGCCCAGCAUCAGAGUCCGAUGAGGACCUACUGGAAUAUUGGAGACAGACCAUCUCGUCGAGUUGGCACAUGACUGGUACUCUAAAGAUGGGAAAGAAGGACGACGCAGAUGCGGUCGUAGACCCCGACUUUAGGCUGCUCGGAGUGCAGGGACUCCGUGUUGCUGAUAUGAGUGCCGUUCCGGUCUUGGUCAGUGCCCACAUUCAAGCCGCUGCCUAUGUGACUGGGAUGACGUGCGCUGAGAAGCUCGUGGCAGAGCAUGAUCUCGCUUAG